AUAUAACCAGAAGAAGGAACUGGAGAACAGGUUGGCCUCUAUGAGAACCUUUGUGGACAGUGGGCAAGCAGAUGAGGAUCAGAUACGGGAAUUUUACAUACUACAAAUCCAGAAAUGGAUCAACACCAGUCUGGAGGAAAUUGAGAGUAUUGACCAAGAAGUGGUGAUCUUGAGGAGCAGAGGUACAGCAAAACAGUCUUCAGCACCACCACUGCACAGUACUUCUCGGCAAGUCAGGACUCCACUGAAACCUUUUGUUCUUACCCGGAAUGCUGCCCAGGCGAAAGUGUUUGGUGCUGGAUAUCCCGGCCUGCCUACUAUGACUGUGGAUGACUGGUAUGAGCAGCGCGGGAGGCAGGGAGUCGUGUCUGGUCAGAGUGCACCUCAGAGAACACCAGCAGGUAUAACUGAUGAAGAGUUGCAGAAGCAGCAGCAGGAGAAAAAAGAGCAAGAGGAUGAUGAGGAAGCUCUUCAAAAAGCUCGAAACUGGGAUGACUGGAGAGAUACACACCCAAGAGGCUACGGCAACCGGCAGAAUAUGGGCUGA